AGCAGGCCGCACGCCCGCGGGCGGGGAGGAGGCAGGUGACGGGCGGCCCGGCCCCGAGCUCGGGGGUCACCCAGCCAUUGGCGCUGUCAAGACACCAGAGGAUCCACCAUCUCCUAAAUCUAUGGCAUUUGCACCUCCUAGAAACGUGGAUGGCCCCAAGCUACAGACCAAGAUGAGCAUGUGGACUCCGCUGAACCACCAGCUCAUGAAUGACAAGGUAUUUGAAGAAAGAAGAGCCCUGCUUGGAAAAUGGUUUGACAAGUGGACAGAUGGUCAGAGGCGGAGGAUCCUGGUGGACCUGUUGGAACGCUGCUCCCUGUCACAGCAGAAAUUCUGUUCCCAGCAGCUACAGGAUCGAGUCCCCACCGAGGCUCUAGAUUUUACCACAAGGCUGCCUAGAGUCCUGUCUUUGUACAUCUUUUCUUUCCUGGACCCACGGAGCCUCUGUCGAUGUGCACAGGUGAGCUGGUACUGGAAGUACCUGUCUGAACUGGAUCAGCUCUGGAUGCUGAAAUGCCUGCGUUUCGGCUGGUACAUCAAGUUCUCUCCAACCCCCUUUGAGCAAGGAAUCUGGAAGAAACAUUACAUUGAGAUGGUAAAAGAGCUGCAUGUCACGAGACCAAAGACUCCUUCAAAGGAUGAGUUUGUAGUUAUUGAUGUGCAACCGGUAAGAAGCAACAUCCCAGAGGCAAAACUUUCUGUGCCAGGAAGGAAGAUAAACAAGGAGAAAAAAGAGCUCCCACCGUGGCGUUCAUCAGACAAGCAUCCUACGGACACCAUCCGAUUCAACUACCUCGACAACUACCAUCCCAUCGAGCAGGCUAGGCAGGCGAGAAAGAAAGGAGGAGGGGAGACCCCAGACCUUAGCUGGCAGGCAGCUGAGAAAAAAAAGAGAGCGGGCCGUGGAUCUAAUAAGCUCCAGAAGGCAAAAUCACUGGCAAGUAUCACCGGCUUGUCAUUACAUCAGCCAGGGCGCAGUGUCAGGUCUACCCAAGAACAUUUUAGCUGAGAGCUAUCUCUAUCACUUUCUGCAGAUCUUGAGUCUCUUCCAAAACCACCAGUUCAUCCCAGCUGGGCCACUCACCAGUCAACCGGGAACCUGCCCUCCAAAGCAGCAGCAAAGAUGCUGGCCCAGAGGUCCCAGUGGAAUGCUGGGAUACGACCCGCACCUGUCCGAGCUCCAGUGCCAAAGCCUCAUGAAAGAGGAAAGAAAGACUUCCCAGGGACGAACACCAGGUCUCCAUCAUCUCCACUGUUUGAGGCUCAGCCCUGGCACAUUCCUCCAUCUAACCAAGGAUCUGACACAGAGUAAAGGAGGAUACAGACCAUCUUUCCUCCCAGCAGAACAGAAACUUAUCUGCCUGGCACUGGGGAAACAACAGUAACGUCACCGGACUCACAGGCUGUGCUCAGUGAAGAACAGCUGCUUUUGAGUCCUCCAUAAGGACCCAGCUUCAUUUUUUUUUUUGACUGUUGCUAGAAAAGACUUUCUUCAUUGACCGUCCCACGCAAUGCAAAGAAAUGGGCACGGAGGUACUGUGUCUGUUCUCUCCUAGGCUGUCCGAAAGAAAUCUUCAUUGCCUUGCAGCUAGUUUAGAUAGAAAGGUGCUGGAGCAAUGGCUUUAUACUUUGUUUUGGAAGUACCAUACUUGGUGCAAUGAUUCCUGCUGGCUUUUGGGAUCUCCAGGUGGGAUCUCCCAUUUCCAAGUAGUACUGGAGUACAGUCUAAGUCUUGUUUUCCUGUUGUGCUUCUCAGCCUGGAUUCCUGGCGCUCCUGCUCUCAAGCCAGUGCUAUAUUCUCAUUCUUUUCUGCAUAUGUUGACUCUGCAGAGUUCACCUAAGCUUUUGACUAUGGAGACACUUGCGUAGAUCCUUGCUAGAGCUGCUGGGCCUCAUCUGAACUUGCUUCUGUGUCACUUAGACAUUUUGGGCUGUAUCCUACAGCCUGAGCUGCUCUGUGAUGCUUUGCCAGUGAAUUACCCAAGUUGUCUGUCUCUGUGAGCACUGAGGGGAUUGUGUAAGACAAGGGAGGACUAGCAGCUACCUGAGUGAUGGAAACUGUACCCUCCCUACAAAGUGAGUGGUUUACCACCAAUGUUAACAUGAUCCCUCAACUGUAACCUACAGCCUGAUGCCAAAUCAGCUGGACUGUGAAGAAAGCAUCACAGCACUCCAGGGAAAAGCCUUUAAUAUGCAGGAGAAAGGAGGCUCGGUGAAAACACUUCAAGAAAAACCUAGUUAGAGCUUUAUCGGAGACUGAAUUUCUUGUUAAACAAGGCAACUCAAUCUUUUCAAUCAUGUUAGAGAGAAGGAAAUCAAACCCCACACUCUGGAUUACAACAUUGCAUAUGGCUCUGUGUGGGGAGCUGGCACUAGUCUAAUUGCUUAAGAGAAUGUAAAUCAUGUGCUCUUAUUUGUCUUUUCUGCAAUUAAGGCAACAUCCAGUAAAUGUAACAAAUAGCAGUUUUUAAGGAUAAGGGGACUGAAUGCACAGCAACUGUAACUCGUUGCCUUAUCAUAUCCAGGAGUGAGAAAGGUGGGGUAAAACAGAACCUUUCCAUGUGUUAGGAAGAGUCAAAGUACAGCCCUGGAUUCUCAACAUUGAUAGACUAGAAAUCAUGUUUCAGAGAAAAUGCCAACUCCUGAUCAACAAAGAUUAGGAGGAGACUUCUGCUCUGUGAGCAGAUUAUUCUGAACUGGGUCACCUGAGGGUUUCAAGUCUUUUGGCGUGAGGAACAUUGACCAUUGUCAAGACC